AAAGCCAGCUCCUAGUUCGGGCUGGUCGCCGCUCGGCUACUUAUCGAGCAGCUCCAGAUCGGAAGGGAACAAUCGUCGUGCGAAUAUAUAUAUAUUCCACACCUCGCAGCCUCCCUCUCUCCCCCCUCUCCUCCAACCAUCUUCGUCUGCCCGGCUUCGUCCUCGCUGGCCAACAAAAGACUUCUGCUUGUGUUUCGUCACUGUUGCGUUCUGUCUGUCUCUGCGUCGUAGACCAGCCAGUCCAACCCUUCUACAACACUUCGUCCUCACCAGCAAAAAAAAUCGACUGUCCUUCUGUCUACGUCUCCCGUCACCAUCGUCAGCCUUACUUGCGUCUAGCAACACAUUUUCACAGUCACAAUGGACUCAACCAUCGUCUCCAACUAUGGCAACCUCGAGAAGUACCGCACCCUCGACCAGAAGGGUUCCAUCAUGGCCGAGUACGUCUGGAUAGAUGGCUCUGGCGGAAUCCGCUCAAAGUCCAAGACCAUCACCAAGAAGGUCACUAGCUUGAAAGACCUCCCAGAAUGGAACUUCGACGGUUCCUCCACCGGCCAAGCUCCAGGUGACAACUCUGAUGUCUACCUGCGCCCCGUUGCCUACUACCCAGAUCCUCUCCGCCUCGGUGACAACAUCCUCGUCAUGUGCGAGACCUGGAUGUCGGACGGCACACCAAACUCGUACAACUUCCGCCACGACGCCAACCUCCUGAUGGAGAAGCACGCCGACGAAGAGUACUGGUUUGGUCUCGAGCAAGAGUACACCCUGCUCGGCUUCGAUGGCUGGCCGUAUGGCUGGCCCAAGAACGGCUUCCCAGCUCCUCAGGGCCCAUACUACUGCGGUGUUGGUACCGGCAAGGUCAUGUGCCGUGACAUCGUCGAGGCCCACUACAAGGCUUGCCUGUACGCCGGCAUCAAGAUCUCCGGCACCAACGCCGAGGUCAUGCCCGCACAAUGGGAGUACCAGGUCGGCCCUUGCCAGGGCAUCGAACUUGGUGACCAGCUGUGGAUGUCGCGCUUCCUGCUGCACCGCAUCGCCGAGGAGUUCGGUGCCAAGGUGACCUUCGCUCCCAAGCCCAUCCCCGGUGACUGGAACGGUGCUGGUCUGCACACGAACGUGUCGACCAAGGAGAUGCGCAAGCCAGGCGGCAUCAAGGCCAUCGAGGCUGCCAUGGAGAAGCUUGCCCUCCGCCACAAGGAGCACAUGUCUGUGUAUGGUGAGGACAACCAGCUGCGCAUGACUGGCAAGCACGAGACCGCCUCGUACGACAAGUUCACCUGGGGCAUCGCCAACCGUGGUGCCUCCGUCCGUGUCAACCGUGCCGUUGCGGAGCAGGGCAUGGGCUACUUCGAGGAUCGCCGCCCAGCCUCCAACGCUGACCCAUACCAGAUCACCGGCAUCAUCGUGGAGACAUGCUCGGGCCCAGUCGAGGGUGUCAGCAUGGCAAAGAAGGCUAUGGAGGUUGCGGCCGAGGAGAAGGCAUAGAUUCGAUGCUUUUUAAUUUGAUUGCAAACACCUGCACAUCGAGCGAACGAAGACACGCGUACACCACACACAUGUGUGUGUAGAUCUAGACUCAUCAGCAGCGUGCGAGAUGAGGCCGACUAGAAGACGGACUACGAAAUUAACCCCUGCUAAAGCACACCAAACAUGAAGCACACUUUUUUCACGCGGCACGAUAGAUGACUCUUUGUGGUUAACCGACAUUUAUUGCCUGGGCGAUGGGUUUGAUUGGUUUCAAGCACGAUACCUCUCCAACCUUCUACUGUAGAUUACUAUACAAUGCCUUGCUGGCGGUCAAUCAAUGAUACCAUCCUGUACCACCUUAAA